AACGCAUCGCUUCAGCUCAUUCGCUUCAGUAUAAAAUCUGCGGGCCGCUGGUCAACGCUCAACCAGCCCAUAUAGGUACCACCAGUGUCCGUGAAAAUGAAAUCUCAAAUUAAUUUGGUUGCGUUCACUAUCUUAUUGGCGAAUGUCUCGCUAGUCCUGGGCUGGGGCUACCGCGCGUCGGACCAGCGGCGCUGGGCCGUGCUGCACCCCGCGUGCGGCGGGCGCCAGCAGUCGCCCAUCGCCAUCGCGGCGCGCCAGGCCAUCCCCAUAUCCAUCCCCGCCAUGGAGCUCAUCGGCUACCAGAACCCCCUGCCUGGACCGCUGACGAUCACUAAUAAUGGACAUUCUGUGGCCCUAUCCAUCCCGAAAUACAGUUCCGAGGAAGAAAAGAAGGGUUUCCGUCUGCCGUACAUCUUCGGCGGUCCGCUCGACAACGAGUACGAGAUCGAGGGGCUUCACUUCCACUGGGGGGACAAGAACAACCGCGGUUCCGAGCAUACCCUCAAUGAUAUGAGACUGCCGCUCGAGAUGCACAUCAUUCACCGCAACAAGAAGUACAGGAACCUAGCGGAGGCUCUUCAGCAUCCCGACGGUCUAUGUGUUCUUGCGUUCUUCUAUCAGGUCGUGGAAUUCGACGCUAAGCUGCUGACUCCGAUCGUGAAGAACCUGUCAGCCGUGGAGAACUACAACACGAGCAUGCAGCUCCCUCACACGUUCUCUCUGUCGUCGAUCCUGUCGGGGCUGGACACGGAGCGGUUCUACACGUACAAGGGCUCGCUCACCACGCCGCCAUGCGCCGAGGCCGUCACGUGGGUCGUGUUCUCGGACUACCUGCCCAUCUCCGUGUUCCAGAUGGACAACUUCCGCGGCCUGCUGUCCAACCUGAACCUCCCGCUCGUGGACAACUUCCGGCAGCUGCAGCCGCUGUUCGGCCGCCGCGUGUUCGUGCGGAUCACCUCCAAGAACCCCAAGUUCAAGAAGACCAAGCUGCACUACUCCAAGUGGGACUGGGUCGGCCACAAGAAGACCGAGAAUGACGUCGCCGAAUUUGACGAGUAGAUGAUAUCUCCACUUUAGGUGUACGCAUCGAAAUGAGUGUAUUCAACGGCAGUUUUUCACUAUACGGGUCUAAUUAACUGUGUUGUGUUUAAGUAUUUUAUCGAUACCAAAUAAUUUGUGUUGCAUUUUAUGCAUGUAUGGCACUGUCUCACUUACCAUUGUAUUAAUGUGAAUAAUGUAGAGUUUAAUUAAGUGAGGGGUUUUUAUUGAUCAAAGCUAGAUAUGUGAUUUGGAAUAUAGAACCAAGCUAGAGAAGUAAGAGUACUUUUAAGUAACUUUAAUGUAUUCGAUAAGUUUUGUUAGAGGUGAGUCGUACUUUGACUGUUUGGUCAAUGAAAGCACCGAGAUUCUGUUAAUAUUUUAAAUAAAUAUUAAAUAACUAUA